ACUGUCAUGCACUUUGGCACAACUAAGCUAAUGCGAAGCAAAGUUGUGAAGAAAGCAAAAAAAAGCCUCCUUUUUCCCGUUUCAGAUUUUUAGGGUUUCUCUUUCUCUCUCUCCCUGAAUCUUCUUCCCAAUCGCAUCGAAUGAACGAAAGAUUCUUCUGAUUCAACUUCCCCAGUUCGAUUCGAUUGGAUCCCUUUUGAUUCCUCGAUUGCCUGUGAGUUUCCUCAAGCACAUUGCCAUUGUACUUUCUCUCUCUCGUUGAUUCUUUGAAAGAGCCCUCAAUUUGUGUCGUUGGGCAGUUGUUAUUUGACUUUUGUUGUUUUUGUUCCAAUUGGUGGGUUUGGUUUGGUGAGGGUUUGUUUGGGGGGGUUAAAAUGGAGGUUCAUUUUUAUGAGAAACCAGAUUGAUGAACGCUACCCUAGUAAAGGUGUUUUCUUGAUGCUGUUUGGUGUAGUUCAUCUAGUUUGAUUCUUUUCUUUUCUUUCCUUUUUUAUUUUUCUGGGUUUUUGAGGAUUCAAAUAGUGGUGUUAAGUAAUUAUUUUUCUGGAUUUUUGGAUUUUUUCUUAAAUUUUUAGGGUUGGAGGUUUUGGUUCUUUCUUUUUUUUUUUUUUUCCCUCCUUUUUGAGGAUUGAAGAUAUAGUUUGAUUUAUUGUGCCAAUGGGGUCAGCGAAAAGCAAUGGUAUGGAAAAUUUGACAGCUGGGAGGAAUUCACUGAAGAGUAGUCUAGAGAAAUCAAAAGCCCUAGGGCUAGCUCUUGAGAGAGCUGGGCCUAGAUUAGAUGAGAUUAAUCAGAGAUUACCGUCUCUAGAAGCCGCAGUUCGACCAAUCCGUGCGCAAAGAGAAGCACUUGUAGCCGUUGGGGGUCACAUCAACCGAGCUGUGGUCCCUGCGGCCGCUGUUCUUAAGGUCUUCGACGCCAUCCAUGGGCUAGAGAAGUCGUUGUCAGAUCCCCAAUCGGAUCUUCCUGGUUACCUCUCUGUACUCAAAAGGCUUGAAGAGGCGUUGAGAUUUUUAGGUGAUAACUGUGGGAUGGCAAUUCAGUGGUUAGACGAUAUCGUGGAGUAUUUGGAGGACAAUAAGGUUGCAGAUGAUAGGUAUGUUGUGUAUUUGAAAAAGGCAUUGAAGUACCUGAGGGAAUUGCAGUAUGAGGAGAAGGGUCACCUUGACGGAGGGCUUCUUGGGGCCGCUUUGGACAGGUUGGAGAGUGAAUUCCGGCGGCUCUUGACUGAAAACAGUGUUCCACUCCCUAUGUCUUCGUCUUCCUUGAUUGACGAACCAGCUUGUAUUGCUCCAUCCCAAUUACCUGUGGCUGUUAUUCAGAAGCUACAUGCUAUUCUCGGGAGACUAAUCGCAAACAACAGACUUGAAAAGUGCAUAAGUAUUUAUGUUGAAGUUCGGAGUUCGAAUGUCAGGGCGAGUUUGCAGGCGCUGAAUUUGGACUACCUUGAGAUUUCAGUCUCGGAAUUCAAUGAUGUCCAGAGUAUAGAGGGUUACAUAGCUCAGUGGGGUAAGCAUUUGGAGUUUGCCGUGAAGCACCUUUUUGAAGCCGAAUACAAGCUUUGUAAUGAUGUCUUUGAGAGGAUGGGAUUGGAUGUGUGCAUGGGUUGCUUUGCUAAGAUAGCUGCCCAAGCGGGUUUUAUUGCGUUCCUUCAGUUUGGGAAAACUGUUACAGAGAGUAAGAAGGAUCCCAUCAAGCUUCUGAAGCUGUUAGAUAUAUUUACAUCUUUGAACAAGCUGAGGUUGGAUUUUAACCGCCUUUUUGGGGGUCCUGCCUGUGCUGAAAUCCAAAACUUGACUAGGGAUCUGAUUAAGAGUGUCGUUGAAGGGGCUUGUGAUAUCUUCUGGGAGUUAUUUGUCCAAGUGGAAUUGCAGCGACAAACGGCUCCUCCUUCAGACGGCAGUGUUCCGAGACUUGUGAGCUUUAUUACAGAUUACUGUAAUAGGCUACUUGGGGAAGAUUACAAGCCGGUAUUGACUCAAGCUUUGGUCAUUCAGCGGAGUUGGAAGCAGGAAAAAUUCCAAGAUAGGCUUCUUAUUGAUGAGUUAUUGAGGUCGAUUCGAGCCAUUGAGACGAAUUUGGAAGUGUGGUCAAAGGGUUAUGAUGAUCCCGUGUUAUCACAUCUUUUCUUGAUGAACAACCACUGGCAUCUGUACAAGCAUAUGAAAGGCACAAAGCUUGGGGUUAUAUUGGGAGAUUCUUGGUUGAGGGAACAUGAACAGUACAAGGAGUACUAUUCCGCUAUUUUCAUGAGAGAGAGUUGGGGGAAGCUUCCUUCUCUUCUUAGCAGGGAAGGGCUGAUUCUGUUCUCUGGUGGGCGGGCCACGGCUCGGGAUCUGGUUAAGAAAAGGCUGAAAGCAUUCAAUGAAAGUUUCGAUGAAAUGUACAAGAAGCAGUCCAAUUGGGUUAUGGUUGAGAAAGAUCUGAGAGAGAAGACAUGUCAACUUAUAGUACAGGCUAUUGUGCCCGUUUACAGGAGCUACAUGCAGAAUUAUGGGCCAUUGGUGGAGCAAGAUGCGAGUGCCAGUAAGUAUGCAAAAUAUACAGCACAGUCUUUGGAGAAAAUGCUCAGCUCUCUUUUUCAACCAAAGCCGGUGAAAUAUGGUAGUUUUAGAAUCAGACAAUCGAGUGCAAAACUCAGUAACGGCAGUAAUGGUGUUACGGAUCAUGAUCCUUCCUCCUCUCCUACUGUUACAUGACUGACUAUUUAUUAUAGGUCAGUCUUGGUUUGGUUAACCUGAUUUGAAUCAUGCACCAAUCAAUAUGCUUUCAACGAUCUCAAGUGCUCUUGUAUAUAUUGACUAAGAGUCCUCCAUGACAUGGAAUUCUGUUGGUUGCUUGGACUUGCUGGUAAAAAUCAUUUUUAUGUACCAGAGGUUGGUUCUUUGAGGGAUUGCUUAUUCUCCAAGCAACAGACAGGAUGAUGAAGUGAAUUUGUGGUCCCUUUUGUUCAAGUUAGUCGAGGAAACAUAUAGCUAGUGGUCUUCUAUUAUAUCUUCAAUCAUUGAUUCUGCUGGCUAGUAGGUGCCAAUAUAAAGUGUAAGGUUAUGCGAUAGUUUUUGUGUUAAAUUAUUUGCUAGAAAUGUUCAUUUAGAGCUCUAGUGAUCGUUUACUUGUUCACUCUUAGUCACAAUUUGUUGAAGUAGCUAAAAUAAAUUCAGAACCCUGAUGGCUCCCCUGUUAUUUUUGCUAUUGGUGGGUACACAAUACACUUGUGGACAAUUUUGAGUUGUAUUAUAGGAGCCAUUUAUGUUAGUGGGGCAGUAUUGCAAAAUAAAACGCAUUUCUUUCUUUCUCA